AUGGAAAAUGAUACAUGGGCGCAAACUCUGUUCACCAUCACUCCCGAGGAAGAUGGAUUUCUUCGGGAAAUUACAGAGACGACAAUUAUAUCAGCACCGGAGGAUUCGCCUCUCAUUUUGGACACCGACCACAUCGCGCACAGGGAAACUCUGGUGAAAGUAACCCACGACUUCAUAGAUCCUCGGGAACUGGAGAAGGCGGAAUUUCAGGAGACGGAAGUUCAAACGUACAUGAAAGGAAUUUCAAAGGUUGAGUACGUGAUUUCACAUCAAGAUGAAGCCAUUCAAACUCUGUACAUCGGGAGAAACUGUCCACCUCCUCCUGGGCAGACAGCUAGGACUGUUGUCAAUGUCCUUAACAAGAAGACGCUUCCCAAGCUGAAGACGAGUCAGCUGACUCAGACGAUCAUCACAGUCCUGGAGGAUCUACCUCAGCAUGAAAUUCUGAAAGGUCUCAUGACAGACAUCACAGACGACGAGCAGAACGAUCCUCAGCUGAUGGUGAGCGCCACCGAGGACGAAUCCCUGAAGAUCGAGACUUCAGAUCUCAUAAAUUUCGUCAUUGAUCGAACUCUCUGGAUGACGGACACCGAUCCCGAGGUGAUCGUCCAGACAGACGACAUGGAAAUCCAAACGACUAUAAAACACAACAACAGGACGAAGGGAUUCAUGUUUGACUUCGAAGGACAGACGAGCGUGACCUUGGAGCCGAGUAAAUCCACCUCAAAGCUCCUGGAUGACUACCUCGAGGUCAAGGGAUUCAUUGAGGACCUGCUCGAGGGCUCGGUCGAUGCUGGAGUUUACAAUCGAAUGCUCGUUGAUGACGUUGUGGAUGAAAUCGUCGACCGGUGCAGCGAAUUCGUUCGGCUCCCGGCGAGAGACGAAGCCAUUCAGACUCUGGCGUCUGGUCGUCCAUUUGAUGCUAAGGACGAUGAGAUCCUGAAGACCUUGAGGAGAUCAGUUAUUUCUGAUCCCGUGGAGGCUGCUGCCAUGGUUCUGCCGAUUGUCGAUGGGAUUUUAAACGCAGUUUCGGAAAUCGUUGCAACGGAUGCGAGAGACGCCGCGGAGUUCGUUCUUGGUCGCGUUGUCGGGAAGAGUUGCGUUAUUGGAAAGAAGUUGGAUGAUAUUCAGAAUAUUUAUCAGGGUCCGCCGAUCGACGAAAUAUUCACCCUGAGAAAGCGAAAGUUGUUGAGGUCGAUGCGGAAGAAAAAAGAGACAGAGGACGCGUCGACCCAGACGGGUCUUGCUGGCGUCCCCCAGCUCCGAAAAUUCCAAGAGAAUAAAGAAGUCGUAUGUUGCGUCUGCCCGACGCCGUCCAACUGCCAUUGGUGCUUGGCCGAGGAGGUGGAACCUCCGAAGGAGACCAAGGUCCUCCGAACGCAGGAUAUCCUUUUGGCUUACAAACCGUGUUACGUCGUCAUGAAUCCUACGGAGGCGACACCCGACGUGAAACGGCCGUGUUCCCUGGAGGAAUCAGCUGUUCAAAUUAAUUCUCCCAUCGGGGGUGAAACACCAAGUGAAUCUUUGAGUUCAUAUGAACCAUGUCCUUGCCUGGCUGAUGUAGAAGAAAAACCGCAAGUUUCAGAAUCGACAAGUGGUUGGUCCCGGGUGGUCGAUACAGCUCUAGCCGACGCCUGGGUAUUCCCAGAGACUCCCAGCAAAGGCAGUAAGUCCACUACCUCCACAAGACAAUCCCAAAGCAACUGCAGACCCUCGAAAUCGGAAAUUCCCUUACCCAAGAGCACAAUUGAGGCCCUCCAAGUCCUCAAGAGUACCUUCUGCACUCAGGAGACGUGUCCUGUCUUCAACAUCAUUGAGGACCCCAAACACAUGUCCCCAGAAAUGGUCCCGCAAACUUCUCGCAGACCAAAAAGGGCCUAUAUUUGCACAGAUCACACUCCCCCUGACAGCGACGAGUGCAUCUGCGAUUUUUUAAAUAAACAAAUUCAGGAAAAAUUGAAGACCCUCUCGAUGGAAAUGAGAAAGACUCGAACCGCUCCACAGGAUAAAUAAUAAAGAGAUUGUUUAAUUAUGACUAUAUUUAUUAUCGCACUGAUUUUAAAUACAUUGACAAACAUCACAAAAAAAUGACAAAAGUGAAUAAUCAUUCAUGACACAUUGACUUUAAUUUCAUCAACGACGAGACACAUCUCGUCGAUUAAAUGCAAAUCUAUUUUUCGAAAAAAUAAAAACCAAA